AUGCUGCCAACUCCACCAGCUUCUCCACAGCUUACUGGACUCAGCGCCCCAGAAGACCGGCUCGGGAAAGUACUGGCUGGGCGCCUGCGAUUCACUAGCAUACUCGGAAUAGGUGCCUAUGGAGUGGUCUACACUGCCGUGGAUUUACAGACGGACAUCACCUAUGCCGUGAAGGCCCUCAACAAGAUCGGCCUAGAGCCCAGGCAGAGGAAGUUCCAGCAGCGGGAGAUACAACUGCACCAUCAGGCUAGUGCUCAUCCGAACGUGGUCUCUAUGAUCCAGAUCAUCGAUUGUCCCGAAUGUACAUUCGUUGUUCUUGAGUACUGCCCGGAAGGUGACCUGUUCGCCAACAUUACAGAGCGUGGAAACUACACUGGUAAUGAUGCAUUGGCCAAAAGUGUGUUUCUCCAGAUAUUGGAUGCCGUCGAGUAUUGCCAUUCCAUAGGGAUUUACCACAGGGAUCUUAAGCCUGAGAACAUCCUAGUGACAGACCAUGGAUUGACCGCCAAGCUCGCGGAUUUUGGAUUAGCCACUUCAGAUCCGAUCACAUCCGACUUCGGCUGCGGUUCCACAUUCUACAUGUCGCCAGAAUGCCAGCAAUCGUCACCUAAGGGAUACCAGUGCUACGCCACGGCGCCAAAUGACGUCUGGUCUCUUGGUGUCAUCUUGGUGAAUCUAACUUGUGGCCGUAAUCCAUGGAAGCGCGCUUCCGUUGAGGACUCGACGUUCAAGGCAUUUCUGAAGGACCCUAGGUUUCUUAGGUCUAUUCUUCCGCUGUCUCCAGAAUUGGACGUCAUUCUGCGGCGCAUUUUCGAAUGCAACCCCGCUCAAAGGAUCUCCAUUCCAGAAUUGAAAACCUUGAUCAGGCAAUGUCCAAGGUUCACCACGAAGCCUGCACGAACCCCUACGCCUGUUCACAUCCCGGCACCCUUACCAUCUCCACCAUUCUCACCAGUGGACUACGAAAGGGACGCCGCUUUCCGUGCUGGCUUCGCAUCGGAGUACAGUUACGGUGCCCAGCUUCCAGCCUCGAUGAUUCCCGUUCAGCCUCUAUCACCACCUCAGCAGGAGCUUACUGGCUACUUCUCACCCUUGGCAUCGUCCCUUCCGAGCUGCUGUUCCGACGUCUGUUCCGUGUUCACGGCAAGCGGACCGGUGUCGCCUGCUUCGUCAACGUCUUCAUUCACUCACAUCAGUAGCGUUCCGCAAAAAGUACUGUCCCCUGUGCAGUCAUCCUACGUUUCUGCAAGUUCGAAUAACUGGCUUAACCCAUUCCUAAUCCACGCUGCGAAUUUUGCAAAGCAGAUGUACCAUCAACCGUCUUUCCUAGCUCCGGUCCGAGUAUAUUGA